AUGUUAAAAAUAAUCAAAUUUAUUAAAAUUUUGAUAACGUUAACGUAAUAAAAUUUUUUGUAUAUUUCUUUAAAAAAUAAAUCUAAUUGUACAAUGGAUAAUAUUACCAUCCAAACAAGCAGCGAAAAAGAUGAAAGUAGUGAAGAUAAAAAGAGUAAUGAGAUGGAUUUCGAAAAUACCUCAAUAAUGACGGAAAAAUUUGCGAAAGAAUUAAAAUGCGCUAUUUGUAGGGAGUUGUUUGUGAAAGCACAAACCUUAAAUUGUUCACAUUCGUUUUGUAAGAACUGCAUAGAACAAUGGGGGGAGAAAAAUAAUAGAUGUCCGAUUUGUAGGGUUGAAAUAGAAACUAUGACUCCAACGAAUGUUUUGGAUAACUUUGUUGAUGUCGUAGUCGAAACGUUAUCGGAAGAAAACAAAAACUAUCGCAAAACGCUCCUUGAAGAACGCUCAACACAAUGUGUGCCACAAAAGGGACAAACUCAAUUUAAAAGAGAUGCUGGGGUAGUUCGUAGAGCGGUUCUUGUACCAUCUGUGUAUAAUUCUAGAAGAACUAAUGUUCGUAAUCUAACACCGACAACUAGAAGAAUACUUUCGGCUCAUUUCAUGGACGGUGGUUCUGAAUGUAACAUUCAUUCGGAAUCAAACAUGUUGGAUUUACAUCGAAAUACUAAUCAAAAUAGGAAAUGGAAUUUUUACACGCAAUUAUUUCGUUAGGUUUUGAUAAAAUUUUAUUGUAUUUUUCAAUGGUAAAUGUAACUUUAUUAAAUUUUUGUUGAAAAUCCUA